AUGACAGAAAAGCAAAGACAACAAAGAACGCGAAGAAUGGAGAAAAGCCAGAAAGGGGAAAGAGCAGAUAGGAUUCGGAAACUGCACAACGACAGAAAGAUGAAAGGAUCGUUGUUCAUCAUGAGCGUUCGCAUAGAUGAUGAUGUUGUCUUUAAGGAGAUGAGAGGAGCGAGGCCACAACCACGUGCUUUGAUUCAAGGUUUUCGUGAGGCUGUUUGUGAUGCAGGUUUGACUGAUUUUCCUAUGGGAGGAUAUCCUUUUACGUGGGAGCAUGGUAAGGAUUCUGAUCAUUGGAUUGAGGAGAAAUUAGAUAGGGUUUUGGUAUCUAACGGUUGGAGGUAUAAAUUUUCUUAUGCUCAGGCAUAUACAUUGGAUAUCACUGCUUCUGAUCACUUGCCAAUCUUUCUGGAGGUUCAGUCUAUGGUCACUCGCGAUCACGCUAGGAGAUUCAAGUUUGAGAAUUAUUGGCUUCAUUUUCCACAAUGUAAGGAAAUUGUUCUGAACAAUUGGAACUCUAGGAUGAUAACGAAUUUGGAGGAUCGGUUGAAGUGGAAGCAGAGGGCAAAAGUUUUUUGGCUUUGGGAAGGGGAUACUAAUACACGUUUUUUUCAUGCUAUGGCUACAAACAGGAAGCGGAAAAAUAAUGUGCUUAGGCUUCAAAAUUCGGAGGGAGUCUGGUAG